GGCCCGGAAGAAAUACAUUCUACUUCCGCUUACCUGUUGGUCCAUUCGGCCAAGAUGGCGAGCGGAGGGGUGGCAGUGGCUUCGUUGUGGACCGAAGUAAACCGCUGCGGUCAGAAUGGGGACUACACCCGAGCUCUGAAAGCGCUUUCUAAGAUUUUGCAUGAGAACAGGGACGAUGUGACGGCCCUUCAAUGUAAGAUCGUUUGCCUCGUUCAGAAUGGGAGCUUCAAGGAGGCGCUGAAUGCCAUGAACACCCACUCCAAAUGGCUCGGGGGUGAAGUUGUUUUUGAGAAGGCAUACUGCGAGUACCGGCUGAACAGAGUGGAAAGUGCACUGAAGACCAUUGAAAGUGCUCCUGACCAGACAGACAAGCUGAAGGAACUUUAUGGUCAAGUGUUGUACAGACUCGAGCGCUACGAUGAGUGCAGGACCGUCUACACGGAUCUGAUCAGGAACUCUCAGGAUGAGUACGAGGAGGAGAGGAAGACCAACCUCGCUGCGGUGGUGGCUGCGUUGAGUCAGUGGGAGAAGGCGCCGACGGAGGAUCUGGGUCUUCCUGAGUCGACGUAUGAGCUCUGUUACAACACUGCUUGUGCUCUGAUUGGUCAAGGACAGCUGACAGAGGCCUUCAAUAAACUACGGCAAGCAGAAGAGCUUUGCAGAGUCUCAUUGGCAGAGGAUUCUGACGUGACUGAGGAAGACAUUGAGUCGGAGCUGGCGGUCAUCCAUUCUCAGAUGGCAUACAUCAUGCAGUUGGAGGGCCGAACAGAUGAGGCUUUGCAGCUCUACAACCAGGUCAUCAAGCUCAAGCCUUCUGAUGUUGGGCUUCUGGCUGUGACGGCCAACAACAUCAUCACAAUCAAUAAGGACCAAAAUGUGUUCGACUCAAAGAAAAAGGUGAAACUGACAAACGCAGAAGGUGUCGAACACAAGCUGGCAAAGAAGCAGCUGCAGGCCAUCGAGUUCAACAAAGCCCUUCUAGCCAUGUACACCAACCAGGCCGACCAGUGCAGGAAACUCGCGUCCAGUCUUCAGUCUCAGAAUCCAGGUCACCCUCGACCAGUCCUCAUCCAGGCUGCUCAGCUGUGCAGGGAGAAGCAGCACAGCAAGGCUGUAGAGCUCCUGCAGCAAUUCUCAGAGCAGAACCCAGAGAGUGCAUCUGGUAUUAAACUAACAAUGGCACAACUGUAUUUAGUACAAGGUCAUGUUACAAAAGCCUGUGAUGUCCUUAGAUCCAUUGAAGAGUUCAAGCACAAAGCUGGAAUGGUUUCAGCUCUGGUAACCAUGUACUCCCAUGAAGAAGACAUCGACAGUGCUAUUGACGUUUUCAAACAAUCUAUAGAGUAUUAUCAAGCUGAACAGCCUGGAUCUGCUGCACAUUUGGCUCUGGUGCGAGAAGCUGCAAAUUUCAAACUGAAGCAUGGACGGAAAAAAGAAGCCAUCAGUGAUCUGGAGCAGCUGUGGAAAAAAAACACUAAUGACGUUCACACACUGGCACAACUGAUCUCUGCUUAUUCUCUGGUGGACACGGAUAAAGCCAAAUCUCUCAGCAAGCACCUGCCCUCUGCAGACACCAUGUCUUUCAAUCUAGAUGUGGACGAGCUGGAGAACUCCCACGGCGCCACGUACGUCAGGAAAAAAGCCGGUAAAGUGGUCGGAGAAAACCUUCCCAAGGAACCAGGCCAAGGCGAAGUUAAAAAGAAGAAGAAGAAAAAGAAAGGCAAACUGCCGAAGAACUACGACCCCAAAGCAACCCCAGACCCUGAGAGGUGGCUUCCAAUGAAGGAGCGCUCAUAUUACAGAGGCAAGAAGAAGGGAAAGAAGAAGGAGCAGAUAGGAAAAGGCACACAGGGAGCGACGACAGGAGCUUCAGCCGAGCUGGAUGCAAGUAAAACUCCCAGUAGCCCUCCAACGUCCCCCAGACCAGGAUCUGUGACCAGCUCGUCCACAGCCCCCAGCAGCGGCAGCGUGAUCCCUCCACGACAGCAGAAACCUUCAUCAUCGGGGGCCACACGCAAAAAGGCGCCACAGAAGAAGAAGAAGGGCAGCAAAGGAGGCUGGUAGUGACGUUUGAGAGCAACUUCUGAGCGUCAAGGACGUCUGGAGAUUUUUAUUUCUAGUUCUUUCUUCUUCUUUUUUUUUCCUCCUCUGGUCAUUUUUUCAGAUGUGCAACCAAAAUCUACUCUUUGCUCUCCUGUAGCUGUAUCUUAUUUUAAUGGCACACAAUAAAUUUACAGUGAAUGAAUUAAAGGUCACUGAGCUGAAAAAUGCUUUUUAUUGUUUAGAAACAGUGUUUAUGCUUUUUAUUUAGCUCAGAACAAGAAUACUACAAACAGCUGAACUGUAAUCGCAUUGAAUGCGCAAUGAAUGGUGAAUGGAGUAUUUUUCUAACCCUAUAUGAGAGUUGUGCUGUAUUUUACAGCUUCAGAAAAACGUCAAAAUGGACCUCAGCCAUCAGCUUGAUUACAUUUAAAUUAAAUCCUUAAAUUUAUGUUGUCUGUUUUAGAUGAUUUUGUCCUCUUUAUUUUUAAAAUUACUGUUAAUAACGGCUGUUUCCAGACCUGCAGUGUCUGGGUGCUCAAAGACGCUGAUUCAUUUUCACACAAUAAGCUGCAGUUUUUAUGUCAGGGUGCUGCCUGUAAGGAUUUCACAACCACACUCUCCUUAGUGUUUCUUCAUGUAACUUCAUAUGUGUUCCUUCUUAGUUUCAGUCUGCUGCAGGAAAGCAUGUUUUUUAAAACCAGUGCCGCUCUGGAUAAGAAUUGUCAUGAUUUACUUGCAUGUUAAAAAUAUGACUAUUUUGGCCAAACAUGCGUCCCACUUUGUUAAGUCUUAAUAAAUCUCUGAAAUGCAA